ACGCGCCUCAUUGGCGGGUUGUUUUCGUUGACACCGUGACGUUCUCAGCUCGACGAAUAAGGCGCGACGUGUACUCUCGUGUUGUAUCGCGAUCGGACGCCCGUUAAAUUCCGAACGCGCCUGCACAAUCGGCCAUUUCGUCGUAGGCCGUUGUGUGAAGGGUAGUGUGGGGAACUUGUACUGAUUUAUCUGUAAGGCGGCCGAGAAGAACAUUACAUAAUGAAUGAAACCGCAGUCUCCUUUGCCAAGGACUUCAUGGCCGGUGGCAUCUCUGCUGCCAUCUCCAAGACAGCCGUUGCCCCCAUCGAAAGAGUGAAGCUUCUUCUUCAGGUCCAACAUGCCAGCAAGCAGAUCACCGCAGAUAUGCAGUACAAGGGUAUCAUGGAUUGCAUUGUCCGUAUUCCCAAGGAGCAGGGAUUCCUAUCCUUCUGGAGAGGUAACCUUGCCAACGUCAUCAGAUACUUCCCCACCCAGGCCCUGAACUUCGCCUUCAAGGACAAGUACAAGAAGGUCUUCCUUGACGGAGUCGACAAGCGCACCCAGUUCUGGCGGUACUUCGCCGGUAACCUGGCGUCCGGUGGCGCGGCUGGAGCCACCUCCCUGUGCUUCGUGUACCCCCUCGAUUUCGCCAGGACCCGUCUGGCUGCUGACGUCGGAAAGCCCGGCGCCGGUCGUGAGUUCAACGGCCUGGCCGACUGCCUGAAGAAGAUCUCCAAGUCCGACGGUAUCCGUGGUCUGUACCAGGGCUUCAAUGUGUCCGUCCAGGGCAUCAUCAUCUACAGGGCUGCUUACUUCGGCAUCUACGACACCGCCAAGGGCAUGCUCCCCGACUCCAAGAAAGGCAGCAUCCUGGUCAGCUGGAUGAUCGCCCAGUCUGUCACCGCCGUUGCCGGCCUGACCUCUUACCCCUUCGACACCGUGCGUAGGCGCAUGAUGAUGCAGUCUGGACGCAAAGGAGCGGACAUCAUGUACACUGGUACCAUCGACUGCUGGAAGAAGAUUGCACGCGAUGAGGGUGGCAAGGCCUUCUUCAAGGGAGCCCUGUCCAACGUGCUCAGGGGCAUGGGUGGCGCCUUCGUGCUGGUCCUGUACGACGAGCUGAAGAAGGUCCUCUAAAUCCUCACUGUAUAUGUUGUUUUUUUAACAUCACUGUAAAAUCUGGCUAAAUGUAACAUUAUUUCCGGUUCUAUGGACUCAGCAGUCAGCCUUAUUUAAUGGGAACAACCUACUAGUGUCUCACCACUAGAGGGCAAUGGCUGUACCUCGUGCAUCUUCAUGUUAAAACGUUCCACCUCCUCUUUGAGCAAUGUCAUUCCUGUAAAAGAUCUGAUACCCUUCCUGUCAUUCAGUAGGUUUGUAUGGUCCUAACUUAAAAUAAAUUUAUUCUGGGAACAAACUUAAAACUGA